UGCUUCCCCAAGAGGGUAACCACCACAGCAGGUGCUGCCAGCCAUAAGCGCCCCCACCUGCGCUAUGGGCUCAGAAGUCUGGGUCGGCACUUGGCGGCCACAUCGGCCCCGCGUCCCCAUCGCGGCGCUCUACCGAGGCCCGGGGCCAAAAUACAAGCUGCCACCAAACACCGGUAGCAAGGGCGGAUGCAGGGGAGGAAACAGGGAAGGUGGGACUGUGGGCGGUCUACACUGGUGCCUGGCGUCCAGGAACAGGAGAGCUGUGCCGAAGCAAAAAAGGGAGGCCAAAAGAUAAGAGGUUACAAACUGCACGACCCAUCUCGGCCGCGAGCCCCCGCCUUCUCCUUCGGCUCGCGUCUACCCUUGCGGCAUGCAACCUGCGGACCGGGACCGAGUUACCUGGUGCCUGCCGGCAUGACUGCGCGCGGCAGCGUUGUCUCCCCGGCCUUCUCCAUCUAUGGUCGCCUAAGCCACAUAACGCCUGUCCUCACUCCGGGACCGGGCAGGUACUUCCCAGAACGCGCGGGAAAUGUGACGUAUCCCAGCGCCCCUCGGCAUACCAUCGCUUCCCGAAACUGGGGCAUCGUCUCAAAGCAACAAACCCCAGGCCCUGGGUCCUAUACCGUGCCUUCGCUCUUGGGCUCACGUGUCAUAGGCAAAGUCUCAGCUCCAACUUACUCCAUCUACGGCCGCAGCGCUGUGGGCAGCUGCUUCGAGGACCUCAGCAAGACCCCAGGCCCUUGUGCCUACCACGUUGUGAACCCAGGGAUCUACAAGACUCGAGCCCCGCAGUUCACGAUGCUGGGGCGGACUUUGCCACCAAAGAGCCCCAAAGAUCCAGGACCCGCAUCCUACGCCGUGGACAAGGUGGUCUGGAGUCGAGGGUCAAGGGGCAGGGGAUGAGGGUCUGAGGUCUAAGGCAUGGGUCAAAGUCCCUGGGGAACUGGUAUCCCUGUAUGAAGCCGAACAGCUGGCUCGGUAAGGUAAGCGGCGUCUCCCGGACCCGCAGCACCGGAAGCCUCCUCCUGGCUGGACCUUCGGGAUCAGGCAUUCAGACUACCUGGCCCCCAUGAUACGGUACCACGUGGACGACUGACGCCAGCAAGCACGCAUGCACGGGCCCUCGGUUGUUUAUUUAAAGCUUUCAAAGUCA